AUCAACGAACAUUUUGUUGUGGUGUAUUGCUGACGAUUUAUUCUGAUAUUUUGUGAUUGAAAUAUGGAUAAUCCAUUAACUCCAAAUAAGAUACGAAGACUUAUCCAUUUAGCAGAAGACAAAUCUUUCAAUCUCUCGCGGCGAUGUUUACUAAACGAUGAAGAUUUGAAACGCCUUACUGCAAAUCCAGGAGCUUCAAUGAAUAAAACCAGCACAAAUUAUGAGUCCUCAUCAGGUAUUUUAGAUUUGGACAAAGUUGAAGGGUUUGGAGAGUCUGGAAUUGACAAUAUUUCUCUGAGUAAAUCUACUGCUUUUAAUCCUGGAGAGAUGACGGGUCGGUCCACUGGCACUGAGGAGGUGAAGCCUAUGAUUGAUCUGGGAACGACCAGAACGUUUGAGGACCUGGGACGACAUUCCUCAGUCCUGGACAGUAUCACCAACCAGAUGGACAAGCAAACAUCGGAGAUUAAUGAUAUCAUGAGACAUUCAAUUGCAACUAAUUAUUCGUUUCAUUCAAAGAGGGACCUGACAGCAGAUGAGGCAUCAUUAAUGAUGAGAGAAGCACCUCUUCCUGUGCCAAACACUCAGAAUAAUUUCGCUGAUAACUCUACAAUUAACAAUUCAAAUAUGUCGGUGGGGGCAUACUUCAAGCACAGAUGUCCUGAAUUUGGUAAAAUGUUGGGAAAGACUGAUAGCCCUGACAGAUCAUUGUUUCGUCCAAGUAUUACAGAAGUUUCUUCAAGUACAGCAUUAGAGUAUGCAGGAAAAGAAACAAAUGUGUACAAAAUGGAUCAGACCCUAGACAGUGUACCAGUGAAACAGUCUCGCACCACUGAGAAAGUGCCUGAAAAUCGUAUUAUCAAUAAUCUUAGCACCAUAAUGGAGAAACAAAACAAUUGCGAUGUAGCGAGUUCCAAACACGACGCAUUUAGUGGCAGAUUAACUACAAAAAUUGAAAAUCCAACUAUAAAUAGCGAUAUACAUAAAUAUGGUUCUACAUCUACACUUAACCCAGUGACGAGCAGUCAAAAAACUUUCAGUUCAUCUAAGCCUACAGAUGUUUUGCUCAGGAAUCUACAGUCUUCACUAAGAAUGAUAACCGAUGACACUGAAGGAUCUGUUGAAAAUUCACUGAGCAUCUCCAAAAUUGCGGACUAUCUUGGUAAACAAUCCAAUGUAAGUGUUACAGAUAUGCUUCAGCUUGGCAAUUCCAAAAGAGCUAUAAACCGCAAGCAACCAUUAACAGAACUUCACAUGAACACCCAAGACAGAAUGGCCAAUCAAGUUCAGGUCGCAACUUUAAGAGAUUCAAAGAAGUCUGUGACAGCUAGCUCUGCCGGCAGUGUUAACACUGUCAUAGCUCUUGAUAAGUUGAAAAUAAGUAGCGAUGAACCCAAAGAUCUCCCAGCGUUGGUAGUUACCGAACAUACGCUUGGAAGUGAGGCGCCAAGUGAAGAGGAUGUCAAAAUGAAACAAAGGCAGACUAGAUCUAAGUCACCGUCCAGUAAAAGCCAGUCCACUCUUAGUACGGUUCAGGAGAAUUUCACAAGUUUCAAGUCUGGAGACAGCCCUCUGCAUAGUAGUAAAGGCGAGCCUAAUACAUCCCAUGCACCCUCUCCAAACGUAGAGUACAAAGAGUUAGAUAGAUCCGUAGAUUGGCACGAGGUCUUACUUCAGAAGCGUCUGAAACAGGAGGGCUUGGCUAAAGAACAAUUGGCAGAUAUUGUGUCGACAGCAGCUAAUGGAUUCGUUGGCGUAAGCUGCCCCGUCACGGUCACAGUCACAACGCUAACCGACAGUUGGUUGACCGCCAAAUUCCAAUUCGACGAUCUGCGCGAGAACAACGAACACAUCACAGUGGAACUACCGCGCUUCCCGAUACUUCUCUCGCCGGGGAAAUCGGAACAGUUUACCCUGCAUCUAACAUCGAGUGUUGAAUUGAACACGGCUUUGCCUUUUACCAUGUGUCUCAGAGACGCGUCCAUAGACGUGGAUGUGGAACAAACGGGCUCUGUUCCCGUUAACAUCAAAAUGCCUGCGAUACAAGCGGUGUCCUGCGACGGAGUCAACAAACUUUGCUUUCCACCGACAGCCGAAGCUUCUUUCCUGACCAAAUCGUUUGUGCUUAUGAGCGAUUGCCCUAUGGACUUGCAAUUAGACCUCUCUAUCUCUGAAGGGGACAGCAUGUUCUCUAUAAAGAACGUUCAGGAAAUGAAAAAGAGCGAUGUUACCAAAGUGCUGACGGAACGUCAAGCGUCGACGGAGGAACCACCGGCCCAAGGGAAAGGCAAAAAUAAAGUUAUGAAUAAGCAACUGUGCAGGCUUUCCAGCGGCAACGCCAUCAAAGUCACCAUUGGGUUUAGUGCCCCGAAACUGGCUGAUUUACAGCUAUCAAAUACAGCAUCAUUUACUGGUAUGCUCAAUGUUAACUUGAUAGGAGUCAAGACAAUAUUAAGGAGAAUUGAGCUCAUUGGUGUAGUUGGCAGUGUGAAUCUUGUAAUUGAAUCUGCUGGCGAAAAAGUUCAUCUCACUCAUGAUCCCAAGAGCAUAACAGUAUCAAAUACUGGAACCAUAGCAGGCGUUUGGAAUAUGAGACUGAAGCUUGCCCCAGGACAAAACUUUCCGUUCAAAAUAUCGCCAUCAAAAUUCGACCUCAGACCUGGAACUUCGAAAAAUAUUAACAUGGUUUAUACAGGCUCUGAUGACUCCAUUUCUGAGGCGACCAUAACAUUCGAAGAAAUUACCUCAGGUGCCAAAACCACCAUUGAUAUAUCGGGCGGUGCUGAUAAACCCAAGAUGUUCCCCAUAAAAACGAACCACAAUUCUAUAUCGUGGAUUCGACCGGGCCGUAAAGAAAUCAGUUUGAAGAAUAGCACGAAUAGGAAAGUGCAUAUCAAGUGUCAGAUAGUUGGAGAUGGGUUCUCAGUAGACCUCCCUGGCGAACCCCGAGGGACUUAUUUGUUGGCGUUCGGGCCUUGCGAGUGUAGACCUCUGCCUUUGCUCUUCAAUCCAAGCUCCAGUGCACCACAGACCGCGACUCUACAUCUGGUUUUCGAUAAGAAUAGUGAUGUUUCAAGAAAGGUGAGGCUCCACGGCUGUUCGGGGGGCGAAGGCCUGCGCUGGUCGGGGCUGGUGACGUACGGCGCAACCGCCUUGGUUCGGGCGGCGGCGCGCGCGCCGGUAGCCUUAGCUCUCUACAACAAGGCGCCUGCGCCUGCCUUCGUAUGUGCUACUGUACACUUCAACCUCCAAUACAGAUGCGUGGCGAACAGCGCGCGUCUCUCGGGCGGGUGCCACGUGGUGGCUGGUCGGACACGGCACUGCUUGUCGCUGGCAGUAGACUGGGCGCGUGUGGAGCGACGAGCGCGCGACGCUCCCGCCUGCAGCGCGUUGGCUACCGUCACCGUGCUUACGGGCGCGGAAUACACGAGGCGGAGGAUACUCAAGGUUCUGAAAGACGAGUCGAAUGGGGAACUGGAUACUUCCAUGCUGCCAGACCAUCUGAAAGUGCUGGCUGGCCAGUUUGAAGGUGAAGACCCCAACAUGGAUGUUCGUCUAGUUGACUUCAAAGAAACUAAGGCAUCGUUGAACGAGCUGAUAGGCGGUUUGCAAGAGCUCACGGCGCAAAUUGAUUUGCCGCAGGACUUUGCUGACGAGAACACCAUCAUCAUAACUGACGACACCAUGAUUGAGCAUCACACUCUUUGCGAUUAAACUGUAUUAACGUAUGAUCACAUAGCUAAAGGGUUUUCUUCGCAAAAGACCCGCGCACGUGCCGUCUCUUACAAAUGACACACCAUGUCCCUAUGUGACCAUACCUCUUUUUAAUUUGAACUAAUGUGAUAGAUAAGUAUUUAAUUUAAUUUUAAAUGUAUUGUUAAUUAAGUUUUGUUUGAGUAAUUAUAAUGUAUGUUAGGUUAUGAUAAUGUAAUGAAAUGUUCUCUCUAAUUACCAUUUUUCUAUUAACAAUUUCAUUGCAUAAGUCUGAUGUAAUAGAUAUAUUUUCACAUGUAAAAAUCAAUUUCAUAUUUAUAUUCCGUCCUU